GGGGACCGGAAGCGGGGCGCGGGCGAGCGGCCGCGGGCGGAGCGGAGAGGCAGCAGGUGCGGAGCGGGGCCGGCCGGGACGGGACGGGGCGGGGCGGUCGCGGCGCGGGGGCCGGGCUCCCCUCCUCCCCGGGGGCCGCCGCUCCGCGCGGAGGAGCCGCUGCCGGAGCAGUGGGGCUUCUCCACAGCGAACCGGGUCCCACGAGGCAGAGCCGAGCUGCUCGUUCCCGCCGGCGUCUCCUCCGCCGGGCCCCGCUGCACCCGGGGCGCUCUGCACGGGGCGGGGCCCUCGCGAUAAGAAAGACAUUGAGGGCCUGGAACGUGUCCGGAGGAGAGCGACGAAACUGGUGAAGAACAAACCUUACGAGGAGCGGCUGAGGGAGCUGGGGUUGUUUAGCCUGGAGAAGAGGCUGAGGGGAGACCUCACUGCUCCCUACAGAUACCUGAAAGGAGGUUGCAGAGAGUUCUGUGCGCCAGGAAGCAGCAGAAAAAUCUGUGACACACUCUUCCUGACGGAGGCUGCAGGAGGAAGGAAGGGUUGGCAGGCAGUUGGAGUAUUUGUCAGAUGGAGAAAAGAAAAUGCUCUGAAUGUGAAGUAGACAGCACCCACCAGGACCGAGUCUGUCUGAAAACACCUUCCUUCACCCAAAGGCCUGUUUGUCAUCAAGAGGGAACCUUCACCACGGCCAAACUCGGCAAGUGAUGGGCUCAGAGAACAGCGCUUUAAAGAGCUACGCACUAGAAGAGCCACCGUUCACACUGCCAACUGGACACACCAUUUAUCCGGCCGUGCUACAGGAUGGCAAACUUGCUUCAGUCUUUGUGUACAAGCGAGAGAAUGAAGAUAAGGUUAAUAAAGCUGCCAAGCACCUGAAAACCUUGCGCCACCCUUGCCUUCUACGUUUCCUCUCUUGCAUUGUGGAAGCAAAUGGAAUCCACCUGGUUACAGAACGUGUGAAGCCUUUAGAGAUGGUCCUGGAGACACUCUCUUCUGCAGAAAUCUGUGCAGGGAUCUACGAUGUGCUGCUGGCACUCAUCUUCCUCCACGACAGGGGAAGACUAACGCAUAACAAUGUCUGUCUAUCAUCCGUGUUUGUAAGUGAGGAUGGACAUUGGAAGCUGGGAGGAAUGGAAACAGUCUGUAACUUCAGUGAAGCCACCCCGGAGUUCCUCUAUCAUGUCAAGUUGGUACGAGACCAGUCAUCCAUCCCCUGCGAGGAGAUGUCUGCAGAUUUCAAAAUGCUGCCCAGCAGCUAUGGGCACGCAAGGGAUGCCUACGCGUUUGGAACAAUGGUUGAAACUCUUCUGACAGUCCUAAACGAUCAGGUUUCAGCAGAUAUUCUCUCCAGCUUUCAGCAAACCUUGCACUCUACACUGCUGAAUCCAGAUCCAAAGUGUCGCCCACCACUGUCCAGCUUAUUGUCUCAUGAGUUCUUCAGGAAUGAUUUCCUGGAAGUUGUGAAUUUUCUGAAGACUUUAACACUAAAGUCUGAGGAGGAAAAAACUGAAUUUUUCAAAUUCCUGCUGGACAGGGUGGCCGGCUUGUCAGAGGAGCUGAUAGCGUCACGGCUGGUGCCUCUUCUACUCAAUCAGCUUGUGUUUGCAGAACCUGUAGCUGUCAAGAGUUUUCUUCCUCAUCUGCUGGGUCCAAAGAAAGAGCAAAAUGGAGAAAGCCAGACCAGCUGCCUCCUGUCGCCAGCCUUGUUCCAGACGCACGUCAUUCCUGUGCUGCUGAAGCUGUUUGAGGUUCACGAAGAGCACGUGCGAAUGGUGUUGCUGUCUCACAUUCAUGCCUACGCGGAACUGUUCUCACAGGAGGAGCUGAAAAACAUCAUAUUGCCACAGGUGUUGCUGGGCCUUCGCGAUACCAGUGACUCCAUCGUUGCGAUAACACUGCACAGCUUGGCAGUUCUCGUCUCCCUGCUUGGCCCUGAAGUAGUUGUAGGUGGAGAAAGAACGAAGAUUUUCAAAAGCUCUGCGCCAAGUUUCAUGAAGACUGCUGAUCUCUCCCCAGAAGCCUCCCCUAGUCGCAUCGUAAGCAAUCAGAGGAACCGAACCACUCGGCCUUUGAAGAAUUCCAGUGUGUUCCCUGUCUCUGGAAGUGUACCAGUUAAGAAGCUUUCUGUGCAACAAGACAAUCCACUGGCUUUAAAGACAAGUGAGCAAUUUGUUCAGUCUCCCCUGAAUGGAAUUCCUGGAAGCAUUAAUAUGCUAGGGAGCAGCAGGAACUCUUUGACUACCUCUGAAAAGCCAGUGGAAGAAUGGCCGGACUGGAGUGAGCCCGAGGAGACAGACACUGAGAAAACUGUGAACAUUCAAAUCCAGCCUCGAGAGCCACAGGGCAGUGUGGGACCUUAUUUUGCUGAACACGAUGUGGAUGAGAAGCCUUGGGAUGACUUUGAGCCCAGCAGCCCCAGUCCUGACCUGUCCUCAGGAAACUGCAUCACUGUGACACAAGCUGAUACCGUUGAAAGACCGAGACCCCCACCAGGCACCCCUCAACUGAGCAAAGAAUUCAGAAGCCUCAGACUGAGUCCCCCUGCAAAGUCCUGCCCUGGGAACAGCUGGAGCAACAACAAGUGGGACCACCAGGAACAACUGGGAGAAACCUUGCUGCCAAAAAUGACCUUUCAGGAAAGGUUGAAGUCCUCAUCAGACUCUGGUCUAGGAGAAGAAUUCACAAUCAAAGUGAAGAGGAAACCUGUGCAAGACCCUGAGCUGGACUGGUUUGCAGACAUGAUCCCAGACAUUAAACCUUCCUCCAUCUUGAUUUUACCUGAAGUGAGGACAGAAGUGGUUGUUCCCAGUCCCUCCAGUACUGUAUCCAGCAGAGAAGGUGCCUCCCAGAAUGUGCUGUUUUCUUCCAAAUUUGCAGCAGCGGACGUUAUUGAGGCUGAAGCUGCAGGCUGGGGUGAAGAAGAAGAGUUGAACUGGGAAGAUGAUACUAACUGGUAACGGGACUGAAAGAGACAAAGGCAGUCCAUGGUGUGUUGGAAUCUGUUAAGAGAAGUCACUGCCUUCCCAGUACCGUGGAUAAGUACCUCAGUGCUGCUUCUGCCAGAAGGCAGGCGUGUGCUGCAGCCGCCAGCAAGAUCCUGUGGGGCCCCAGCUCUCACAGUGGAUGCUCCUGUCCAGUCUGUGCCAAAACCUGCAGGGGUGAGGCCUGCGCUCCAGCAACAUGCUGAGCUGUGCCGUGUGCCUCUGCUACCGGGGAGAGGAACAGUGUGAGGGUGUGCUGGUGCCAAUGUGCUGCUGGAGCCAAGAGUGGUGUAAGCAGUUGUUCCAGAACUCAUCCCUGCUUUCAAAAACUGAUGACAAUAAAUGAAAGUCACACUGAGUUCCUUCGUUAACGUGCCUUUCUCCUUUUUUUCUUUUUUCCCCUUUUCAGAAAGAUAAAGCCUUAGCUUAAAAGGAGCCAUUUCUAACUUUUAAGAGAGGACAUUAAGAUGAAUACACACUUUAAGUAUUUAUUUCUGUUUGUAUAGUUCUGUCAGUGGGUGGCACAAGAUGUGCUAGGAGAACUGUGCAGUGAAGGACCACUGAACAUCAACUGCUUAAGCAUUGCAUUCUUUCUGCUUUUAACUGUGACCAAUAAAGAUUAUUUUUAAAGAUGACCCUAGCGUGGAAUGGAAGCACAGCAGGUAUACGGUCAAAGAACAGAGAGACUUAAAUUGUUAUUCUUGAGUGUAUUUUAAAAUUAAGAUAAAAACCACUGCCCAGUCACCUGUAUGUGACAGGCACAAAGGUAACUGUUACUUUUACAGCAGAUUCAAACAUCUUAGCAUACAAAACUCAGUCCCAUGAAACGUUUAUCGCCAUGCCGUAGCUUAGGAGAGCAAGCUAUCCAUGGGCAACAUACAAAAUGACAACUCUGAUGCACAAUGUCCACUAAAACAUCAGUCUGCCCAGCCAGUCAGUAUCAGAGAUGAGCCAACGCCUCACGCCUCCGUUCAUUCUGGCACUUUAACCAAAACAGCGACACAGCAGAGCAUCACCCUCUCAGUUUUUUUCUUCUCCAGCAAAGGUGGUACAAGGGCACCUCUCCCCUCAGAACUGGGAGCUGCUCUGUGUCACCGUCUCCAGAGCCUGCAGAACACCUU